UGUUUGGAUGUCAAGACAUUGAAAAAAAUUUUCGGUGUCAUUCCUUCAUGUCGAUGCUCUUGAAUUUUUUUCGUGAAUUAAAGAGUCGAAAAUUUUGCAAAAAUGAUUGAAGAAAUCCGUAAUAUGCAUCAUGUGCCAUUUAUUCAAGCCGAGGGUUACUUACUCAAGAACUUACCUUCUCCGCGAAAUCCCGAAGACGAAGCUUGGGCAAACAACUUGAGCACGCACGAAAGAGUCUUUUUGCAUCAAACGUUGGCUUCGACUCGAAGAAGUGCAAAUUUUCAAAAUUAUCCAAUUAUUCCUCGCGAUUCGUUGGAUAUAAUACUCUCGUCGCAAUAUAAUCAUUCCGACGACUUAUUUGGAGGAAAAAAUCUUACCGUACUUCAAGAUGAAACGUGUGACAAACGAACUUUUCGUCGUUUACGCAACACGAAAGACGUCGAGAAGAUCAUCCCGUUAUGGCAUCCCUUGAAAAUUGGGGGAAUUUCGGAGAAACAAUCGCCUCAUAGCGUAAAACUCAUGAAUCACGGGCCUCAUACGCCAUUGACGAAUCCCGGAUAUUCACGUCAGAACUUUGAUGGCAACUUUUUCAACUAUUAA